UUUGUAUUGGCUAUUCAACAACCGUUAAAACCCUUCUAAAGCCGCCCUUUCUCCUUCCCAUUCCUCCAUUUCUCUAGCGUAACUACAGAGAGAAUUAAAAGAGAGAGAGAGAGAGAGAGAGAAUAGCGAUUAGUAAAAAUUCAAGAAAAAUGAGUGAACUCGAUCAAAAGCUGGAAACCACCUCCGCCACUAACAAUAACGGCAAAAGCAUCCCGGAAAAUCUCCCAGAAGAAUCCAUCGAUUUCGCUCUUCUCCGCCUUGACAGCUUCAAUUCCUCUGCUAAUACCACAACCACUUCCGCCACCGCUACCAACUGCCAUACUCCCUGCACUGCCUGUGGCUGCUCCGGUUCUACUGUUCCUUCCACCAACGUCUUUUCUUCCUACAACAAACGCCGCUCUCCUGAACUCAUUACUCCUUCCUUGGACCCUCAAGAUCAAAUCACCAAAAAGCCCAAGAAACUCUUUCUUGAACCCCACGAGAACACCAACAUAACAUCCACUAGUCCUUCACUCCGUGAUUUCUCCAAGAUCACCCUCCCUUGCACCUCAUCCUUGCUUAAUUUUGGACCCGCCAAGCCAAUUAAUACCAACUCCCUUCCCGUCCUGCGCCGCUGCCAUUCCGAUCCUUACAGUCCUCCAGUGGCAGGGUUGGACACUCAUUCUGGGUCCGGCACGGGUUCUUCAGCAAACCUGCUCCCGCAAUCGCCACCAGAAAGCGCCAAGACGGUGGGGGCCACAGCUGUGGCAACGCCCGGGUCAAAGGCAGCUGCUUCUUUACCACCACGGCCGCCGAUGCUCAGGAGGACUGUGUCGGACCCAUCACCUAACAAAAGCUUUUCGCGGUCAUCGAGUUGUGAUGAUGUGACUGUUGACGAGUGUCCCCAAUAUAAGUGGCUGAGGAAAAUGAGAGAUUGCAUGAAGGAAAUGAAUCAGUGGUGUGUUGAACUUAUGCCCGGUGGAGUGAUGGGCGAAGAUGAACAAGAAGAUAAAGGCACUCAGGGCAAUACUGCCAAUGCAACGAAGGCUGGUUCAGUGAUAGAAUAUGAAGAAGCUGUUUGUGUGGAGAGAACUGGGGAGUGCUUAGUUGUCCAUUUCAAGUGUCCCUGUGGCAAAGGCUAUCAGAUUCUUCUCUCUGGAAGAGACUGCUACUACAAGCUCAUUUAGUAGCAUAUAAUUGGCCCAGCAGGCGGAUUCUAGCUCCUGAUAGAGUACUCAUUCUUUUUAGAUUUGAAUUCUCCACUAAAAUUCUUAGAUGGAACCCAUUUCAUUUCCUACAUGCUAAUUCCUUCUUUAGGUUUCUUGUUACUAAUAAAUUCUGUUGUUCUUAGAGCAUAAAAUUCUUUUUUGGAUCGACUUUGGUUGAUGAUACCCAUUUCUGAACAGUUCUCAUCUCUAUAGGCCUUAGGGUCCCUGUCCUUUCCAUAAGCAUUCUUUGGGAGUUCAGAUGUUGUCUUCUUAAAUAUGAAUGUUAGCUUAGAUGAAUUACUAUUCAUCUCUGUAUUUGUCUAACCGAGACAGAUAGGAUGCCAGUGUCACUCUGUUGAUUGUAUUGUAAUGUUGGGGAAUAAAUAAAUAAUCCAUGAAGUGUAAUGGUGGGCGUACAGACUGUUGGAAUUCUUCCAGGGAAUGAUUAACGAAUGAAUUUUACUGGUA